UUCGUGCGUCUGUGCGUCAGGUACGAGUGCGCGCGCUCCUGCUAGAUGGCGUUCGUGUGCGCCUGCGCGUGUAUAGGUACGCGCGUGUAGCUACUCCCACCACCGCGUCAACCUCUACCACUACCGUUACUACCUCCGGCCGUAGUCGUGCCUCGAUACCAACACUAUCAUCGCCGCGUUACCAACACGACAUCAUCGUGCCUGCUGCUUCUGCUACCACCUCGAACACUAAGUUACCGACACAGUCACACCGUCGUGUGCGUGACACAGGAUCGCGACGACGAAUUGACGGCAGGGACACACGCUGUAGGUACACGAAGCGUAUGUACACACAACGAACGAUAGAGAACGCGCGCGGGCCGCACAAGAGAGGGAGUGAGAGACGAGAGAGUGCGAGCAAGACCGAUGUUGGCCCCAACAGCCUCUCACUAGACAGUAUUACUUUCAACCGUUUAGCGGGGCCAAUGCUACCCGGCGCGGAGUAGUCAGUCAGCCGAGCAGUCAGAGUCAGCCGUCCGCGAAUACCGAGAGGACGCUCUCUCUCCGUUCACGAGAUAUCGUCGUUUGACGAUCAUCCACGCGACAAUCUUCAAAUGUUUUCGUCGUUUUCCCCGAAGUUUCUGCCGCUGUUGCUGCUGUUGCUCCUGUCGUCAUCGUCGUCGUCUUUGUUACCCAUGUCUUCGUCGACUCAACCAACGGUUCGUCGUGCAUCGACAGUUCGUCUAUGACAAACUGAAGCGCGCGAGUAGCACGCUUGGGAUAUAAAUAAAGUUUCGCUCGAAGUGUGUGAGAGAAAGAUCGGAGUAAGAGGACAUCGUGCUACGUGGAAACGUAUUAGACAGGAGGAUCGAGUUUUUUUGUGUUAUGAUUUUUGACAUUCGCUCCGUUAUCGGUCGGAGGUGCGAUCAAUCGGCGCGUUGAUCGGUUAGCAUCGAGAGACACGUUUUACUUGCUCCACGAUAAAGUUGUUGCCGUUGCUGCCGCAAGGACACAACACCGGUGUGUCGGCCACGAGCCGGAGGAGUUUUACCCUCUCUCAGCGGCGCAUCCGAGUCGCACGCGCGUGCAACACACUCUCUGGUGUGGUUCCCGCACGUUCAGUCGAGUUGUGGAGCGUUCUCGCUCGUUUUGUCCGUUGUUAUGACGAGGUGAUGAAUAGACGAAAGCGUUGCAGUGUCGAGCAGCGUGGUGACCGUGCUCGUCGUCGUGACGGACGAUGACGAUUAACGUAGACAGAUUCCGUGGCCGCGGGGAAGUGUGCUCGUUAGUGUGAUUCUAGUGCUUAUUUUCUUUAUCUAUUCUACUCCAUUUUACACAACGGUGGAUUGGAUUAUACCGUGGAAGAGGUGUAUCUACCAAGGAUAAUGCUCCUUUGUGUCAUCGUUUAGCACCCUGGUUGUCGGUGAAUCGUUCGUACCGCGCGACACGCGAUCGUCGUCGUUUUCCACGAGGUUGGUAACAAGAACACCAUCAACAACGGCGGCAAUCGGCGUCGGGGUGCAGCCCGUGUUAUCAUCCGGCUAUCAUAGCACGGUGCCACCCCAGAACGGGGGUGGUGGUUCGACAUUUAGUGCCGCGGCGAUGGUGGCAGCUGCCACCGCUACGGCCACCGCCACUGCCAGCGUGGUGGCCAUGCAGGACCGCCAAGACAUCCCCUCGCAAUUCAAUCAGAUGCAGAGCCAACAUGGAAUACCCCACCAAACGUACAACGCAGGGUACGCCCAAAGAGGACCAAUGGCCGGAAUGGGGCCAGUCGGGAUGAGCAAUUUCAAUAGCAUGGGCACGAUGAGCCCGAUGCACUCUAUGAAUUCCAUGAAUUCGAUGAACAGUAUGAAUGGCAUGAACUCGAUGAAUCCUAUGUCGAUGGGAGGUAUGAACGGUAUGAGUGGUAUGAACGCGAUGACCCCCAUGAACUCCAUGAGCACCAUGGGCAAUAUGGGCAUGAACAAUAUGAUGGGACCUAACAACAUGCAGAUGAACAAGAUGAGCAUGCAGGCUCAGCCACACCAAGGAUAUCCAAGGAGACUAGCGCCUUACCCAACCCCCGCGAUGCACAUGGCGCAAAAGAGGCAACAGAGCCCGUACGCUGGCCCAAAUCCGGCCGCGAUGCAGCCUGCGUUCAACAGCAUGUCGACGUCGCAAUAUCCGACCAACUAUCCAGCGGCAGCGAGGCCGAACUUCCAGCCUCAGUACCAGCCCAUGCAGAGUAUGAAUCCCACCGCAGCUGGUUUCGGGCCUAACACGAUGAUACGAACUACCACUAUGAGGCAAACGGCGCCGUCGUAUAACACCGCCAACCAAGCAGCGGCCAACCAAUACUACGGUAGUAACGGUAUACCGGUCAGCAUGGGACCCACCACGGUUGGCAAUCAAUUCCUGGGUCACCAACCGAACUCAGGAUACGCAGGCGGAGCGUCCUCCUACGGGGCACCCGCUGCUACCACCAGCCAGUAUCAGCAGGACGUGGCGUCGAUGAGGACAACGGGGGCGACGAGUCUGAGUUACCAGCACAGUCCUAUUCCUGGCAAUCCAACUCCCCCGUUAACUCCAGCCACCAGCAUGCCCCCCUACAUCAGUCCCAAUCCAGACAUCAAGCCAAACUUUAACGAGAUGAAGUCGGCUGUUAAUAUUCAAAAGGACGAUGAGUUGAGAUUAACAUUCCCUGUGAGGGAUGGCAUCAUUCUUGCACCCUUCCGCUUAGAACAUAAUCUGGCUGUAAGCAACCACGUGUUCCAACUCAAGUCCACGGUGCAUCAAACGUUAAUGUGGCGGUCCGACCUGGAACUGCAGCUUAAGUGUUUCCACCACGAAGACAGGCAAAUGAACACAAAUUGGCCAGCGAGCGUGCAAGUCUCUGUGAACGCUACUCCGCUGGUUAUCGAUCGCGGUGAGAAUAAAACGUUUCACAAGCCCUUAUACCUGAAGGAUGUGUGUCAACCAGGAAGGAACACGAUACAGAUCACCGUGUCAGCUUGUUGUUGCUCGCAUUUAUUCGUGCUGCAAUUAGUCCAUCGACCAAGCGUACGAAGCGUACUUCAUGGAUUGUUGCGUAAAAGGCUACUUACGGCAGAGCACUGUAUAACCAAGAUCAAACGGAAUUUCAGUAAUACGAUUUCCAAUAAUGGCAUACAGUCGGAGAAGGAUGUCAUAGAACAAACAGCACUUAAGGUAUCCCUAAAAUGUCCUAUCACUUUUAAACGCAUUACACUGCCAGCAAGGGGACACGACUGUAAGCACAUACAGUGCUUCGAUUUAGAGUCGUAUCUACAGUUAAAUUGUGAGAAAGGAUCUUGGAGAUGUCCAGUUUGCUCGAAACCUGCACAAUUGGAAGGUUUAGAGGUCGACCAAUAUAUGUGGGGCAUUUUGAACACUUUGAACACUGCAGAGGUCGAGGAGGUCACGAUAGACUCAGUCGCGAAUUGGAAGCCAGCGAAGAAUUUAACCGGUAUUAAAUCCGAGGAAGAAAGCGACUGCAAGAGAAUGACCAAGGCAAUGUCACCUGGAAGUAUGAAUAUGCCCACUAUGAAUAAUUGGGACAUGAAUCAGGCAAUGAGCCCAUACAUACCGCCUGACAUGAGCAGCAUUGUAAGCGGCUCUAUGAUGAAUAAUCCAUCGUCUACGUACGGAAAUAAUAACAUUAAUCAUCGGAAUUCGUCGGGAGGAUCCUUCGAUAUUAAUUCCGGAACGAAUACAAACACGAACAAUGAUUACACUAACGGAACAGGGCCUCUUUCGCACUUAAACGAAUCGGUGAACUCUCUGGAUCCUCUCAAUGCUAUGGAGAAAUCACUCAACGAUCAGAUGCCCCAUACACCGCAUACACCUCACACUCCUCACACACCUCACACACCAGGUGGCGGAAACAGCGGUCCGCCAAGUGUUCCUCCUGCAUCUCAGGAAUCUACAGGAAAUCACAACACAUCUGGUAGUACGAGUACAAACAUAAAUAACGAUUCUGCGGAUAUACCAUCAGACUUAAAUUUCGAUCCAGCUGCAGUAAUAGAUGGCGAGGGUACAGGUCAGGAAGCAUUGAAUAUUUAUUAUAUGUUACAGCUCUUGCCAGACAAUGUUGUGGAUCCAAUGGAGCUACUUUCGUAUCUAGAUCCACCAGAUCUGAAUACGCCUCCCAGCAGCGGCGCUAGCAGUGGUAACCCCUCAUCGAGCGAUGAUAUAUUGGCACUCUUCGAGUAAAAGAUGGCGGACGUCUUUUAGAGGAAUAAUCAAAUCGCGACCCUGACGUUAAGAAAGAAAAGCGAUCGACAGGUUUGCAUCUUACUACAAAUAUGUUUCUAAUUGAACGAAAAUACUUGUAGCGAGGGAUUUCAAAACGUAUUGGGGUCACUGUGGGUGCUUUCACCUAAUUCAAUGGUACAAACAAUCUUAGCUCUAAUUAUAAUAUUCCUAUUGACGAAGUUAGGACAUAUUACUAGAUUUAAAAAAAAAAACGAUGACUUUUAAUUAAUAGCGGAACGAAGCACCACGUAGCGUGCUUGUUUGUAAAGAUGUUAUUGCACGGAUAUUAUGUUUAGUCCUUGAUAUUGGGAAUCUGAUUUCCAAUAGAGAUGCGUUAUAACAUUGUGCCGGGCAUAUGUUCCAGAACUGAUCACCGGGUACCACAAUUAUAUUAAUUGUGUUCGAAUGAAGGUAAAUACGAAUUUUUUAAUAUCGAACGUAGAGCAAUCUUUUCCAUGAAGAGUUUUACAUACAGAUUAAUACUACGAAGAUAUUUGUUUGAUACAGUAAAUGUGCGAUACGAUCGACGAAACUUACAUAUAUUUUAUACGCCAUUACCAUUUAACCAUUUCUUCAUUCCGUAAUGGGUUUUUACGUGGACAAUAUUCGAAGAACGUGCUGCAAGGUGUCGACGACGAUAGAGAAAUUAAUGUUACGCGAUAGAUAACCUAAUACCGUUUUGGUUAAUGAAUUUUACAAAAUCGUAUAGCACAUUUAUAGGAUUUUACAUUGAAAAUACGGGCCUCGAGUCCAAUAUCUGCACAAUACCGAGAUAAUUUUAGAAACCCUGAUCGUUUUUAGUGUACCUUCGAAAUGUAAGCGUUCUUAAUGGAUUUAUGAUUUUGGAAUAUUUGCUUGACAAAAUGUGCUGUGCUACUUCAAAGGCUUCACUUUGAAAUUCUUGCUGCAAUAUGAUCUUUACCUCAAUACCGGUCUACUCGCAUUCAUGGCUAUGAUGGACCUACAUCACAACAGAAUUACUACUGUACAGUAACUUUUGUAAAUAAGUUUUAAUCGAAAAUAGGUAAGGCGUUCAUCUGUUGUGAAUCACCCUGCUUAUUGAUGGAUAUAGCGCAUAUAGUGUUCCUUUCCUUUAGAUGAUUAGUAACAACAGAUGAAAAAAAGAAUAAUCGAGGGCAUAUCGGGCUUCACACUGGAGACUACGUAAUAUUUCAUAUGAUGUAUCUUCUGAGUUUUUGAAUCGUUUGCAAUGGUGUGCAAACGAUUAUAAUCAUGUGUAGCAAUGCUCCAUACAAAUAUAUUGCUAAAAAAUUUGUAGAAAAUUGUGCUGCUCAUCGAAAUAAAACAGAAAUUUGUAAGGAUCAAUUUUGAGAUUUUCUCAAAACGCUAACAUCUAAAUAGUAUGAAUAAAUAUUUAUUCUGAUAUACAAAAUCUCCGAAGAUACAUCAAAACCAUUUACAUAUAUAGAGUUUAUUUUCACGUUUUGAUAUAAAUAAUUUAUCAUUAACAAUUAAAUUCACGAGAGAGAAGUUACUGGAUUUAUUUAUUAUUUCUAUGAAAAGUGAAGAGACACGAUACUUGAAGUAUAAAAAUAAUUAAAGAAAUUUUAUAAACAUGCAAUAAGUAUGCAGAAAAAUAAUUUUCCAUAUUCUAUCGAUAAACGUACAAAAUAAAAAUACAUUGGAUAAAAACAAGAAAUAUAAAUGGUGUGAUCAUUAACACAAAUUCUUAACAACGUGAUUUCACGUUUAACGAAAAUUCAGACGUUCCAGAAUUAUUUGUAUAAUAUACUGCCAGAGUGACACCGCCCAUGGCCUCCCCUGCUUGCGUAGUAGUUAUUACAUUUAUAUCUUUUGUGAUUAAAAGAGAAGAUAUACUUAAAGUGAUUCAUGUAGAUUAUACAAAUUUUAUAUUAAAAUGUAUUUAUAUUCCAGCGUGCAACACUAGCGCACAUUGAAGGAUUAGAUGCGGUCAAGUUUCUAUUCGUAUAACUACUAUAACAUUAUUGAGAAUAGGAUAAUAAUAUUACUUACAUAUUAAGCACGACUACUGUAUAUUAUCUGUAUAUAUGAUAAAUAGAUUAAUAAUAUAAGAAAAGUGGCAGAUACUUAUUGGCCAGUUAUAAUAGUAAAAUGAUUAUCUUAAUUAUGUCUCAGAACCAAAACAUACAGGCGUUGUAUGAGAAUACUUUAAACUAGAAAGUGUAAUAUGUAAAUGGCUGCAGGAUAAUAACAGUUCAGAUAUUGCGCUGUUAUUUCUAAUAGAAUUAUUACUUACUUAUUAAAGACAUAAUUAUCUAAAAAAAAAGUUUAUUCAAACUGUAAGCUUUACUUAGGAUUGCCAGGAAGUAGGCCCGUGCAACAUCGUUGCGAUUGUACAUAGGCAAUGUCUACCUAUACCUACCUAAUAAUAUCCUAAAAAUACACAAUACACGGUCUUGGUUUACAAGUUGUAGAGUUUUAUGAAUAUCUGUUAUAAUUGCGCGAGUGUAUAAUUUCUUCGAGAACACCCUUACGUAAAUUACAAAGUUAAAGUGUUUCAAAUAAGUAAGAAUACUAAAUACCAAAUCUACUACUAUCAAUACCGAUUAAUAUUUGACAGUUAAAUUAUAUAAAAUACUUUACAAAAUAAACCACGUUUAUUUUAUUAACCAUGCAGAAUUUUUAUACUGGAAAAACGAUGACACGUGUAAUUUUUGUAAACAAAAAAAUAAUAAUGAUUUCAUUAACGAAUAAUACAAACGAUGUAAAAUAUAUUACACAAUGAAUAUCACGAUAUUUCUAAAAAAUGUGUUUUUGAUCAAUAUUAAUACUAACUCAAUAGUAAUUCAGAUUAUUAUGAAUCUCUACAACUUCAUGAUUAUAUACCUAUUUAUCUAUUGUUAGGAGGCCUAUGAUUUGAUCCUACAGUGCGCCAUUGAACACUUAAAUGAUAAAAGGUUGUGUGUGUUGUCUUGUCCAAGGCCUGAAGGAGCUGCACUAAGAAAAUUAAAUAUUUUCAUGUAACGUGACACAUCUGUACCUACUUAUGGCAAAUUUAACAUAUUCGAUGGAUCAAAUAAAGCGCAGAGUGUUUAAGUAAAUAAUAAGCAUUCACGGAUAAUCGAUAUUUUCAUUUUGCUGUUACUUCGAUAUGAGUUUUAGAUAAUUGUAAAAUUUAAUUUUUCACUAAAGUGGACAUGGACCAAAUUUUAAUUGUAAACAAAUAAAAAGAUUUGUCUAAAUCAAUCAAAUUUCGGCAAUUUUAAAUAUCGAUUAAAUAUUUCGUGUAUUCCGAGUAUCCGACGAUUGUUUUGGUAUAGUUUUGUAAAUAUAAAAAUGUGGUUACCAUCUGAAACGUUAUUAAAAAUAAUCAAAAUUGAAAAUAUCGAAUAACCGAAUAAACUUAGUUUACAAUCACGAGCACAAUGUAUUGCAGAAAAAGAUAUUGUCAUACAUUUUACUGGACGAGGAUUUGAACCUGGAAUCUUUUAUUUCCAGAGGAAUUACUUCAAGCCAAUUAUAACAGGCAAUAGCAAUUAUAAUUACGGAUUAGUAACUUAAAAGUGACGAGCGAUUACAAUAGGGCACCAAUGAUUAUGUUCUGAAUUCAAGUUCGAAUCCAGUAAACCGAAUGAUUAGAUUCUUUUUUCCCCUGAAACAGCAUUUUUAUACUGAUAAAGCUUUUAUAAAUUUACUUAAAAUUACUACCCAAAAACUGUUCAUAGAUCAUAUCAGCCUCAUAGAUAAGUAACAAUAUUUCAUUAAUCGAUACACGAAAUGAUUGUCGUCGCAUUUAUCAUGGUCGCCAUAAGUGAUUGGUACAGGCUUGUGUAAAGUAAUAAAAAAAGUGCGCAUUACGGAGAAAGAAAAACAAAUAUCAUUGGUUACAUUCGCGUAAAAAAUUUUAAUAUACAAAGACCAGUUUAUAAUAUGUAUGACAGACACCACAUUGUUUCUCGAUGACAGUUAGAAACAUUCAAUAAAAAAGUCAUAAAAUAUUGAA